AAUAGACUUUUUACUCAUCCACCCCGGACUUUUAUUUGGAAAGGACUUUGACAGCCGAGUGACUCUCCCGGAAGUUUUUGUUUUCUCACCUGUCAGCUCUGACACGGUGGAACUCUCGAGCUUUGAUUCCUUCUUUUUCUCCGACCAACACGUCGAUUUUGUACCCCGAGGACAUAAAUGGUAACCCCAUAUAGUCUACGAGUUUACGACGUGACAUAAUUGAAAAUAGCAUCUGAAAAGGUCUGCUAUCUGCUAGCAAGUAGGCCUGUGCAGGCAUGGAACCCCUGGCAGUGGAUGAUGACAUUUGCAUCCUGAAACACGAGACGGCCUAUGGCACUGCCGGCGAGAGCCCGGUGUCAGUGUGUGCCGGUGACGAGUCCGUCGCGUCGCACUUUGCCCUGGUCACGGCCUACGAGGACAUUAAGAAGAGACUGAGGGACACGGAGAGAGAGAACACGCUGCUGAGGAAAAGGGUGAAGCAGCUGGAAGAUAAGCUCUUCAGGCCGGAGGCUCCUCCAUCAGAGGGUCCACAGUAUGUGAACAAGGCCUUCAGCGCCUACCGAGGUAUCUAUAUCGAGAAGGAGGACCUGCAGAUGGAACUCAACAAACUGAAAAAGGAGAAGAGUGAAAGUGAGAAGUUGCUGACGGAGCAGCUGCAGGCCAAAGAGCUGGAGCUGCUUCAGCUGAGAACAGAGAUGGAGACCAGCCAAGGUACAGUGAUGAAGAGCCUGAACAGCCCUCAGGACUACUGGCAGGUGGACAAGGUCAACACCGACCUAAAGAUCCACAAACUGCAGGAGAAGCUGGAGAGAGUGACACUGGAAAACAGCAGGCUGCUGGACAGAUGUGGGGAGGAACCCCUGGGGCUUAAUGGACCAGACUUGGAUCAGAGCCAUGAAGCAAAGUAUAACGCCAGGGAGCGGAGCAUGCAGCAGACGUACGAGGCUUUGUGCUUUGAGAUCUCUCGGCUCCACGCGGAGCUGAAGCACCAAACAGGCCUGGUCAGGAAACUCAGACCAUUGCUCAAUGACAACAGACAAGCUGCCUCAACAGUUCCAAUCCAGUGUCUGGACGACGUGGAGAAGAACAACAACCACCCAGUUCUCCGGGUGUCCGUGCCUCGCCCCCCUAGUGCCCCCCCUGUCCCCUCUAGCUCGGGCCGUCCCUGCCCUCCUGUCGGGGCCCCGUCGGGACCCCAGCUGCUGGAUGGCCUGCGGGAGGACUGCUGGUACAAUGGACUGUGGUCCGCGCAGCACUGCUCCGGGGAGGCUCUGGGUGGGAGUGACGCCUGCUCGGUCCUCCUGCCUCCCCCUCCCCUUAACCAGGCCUCCCUGGACGACAGCUCGAGGUCCUUCCCCAGCCCCCCCAAGCCCAGCGACGCCAUGUUCUGGGAGGGACACUCCGCCGCCUCCAACUCCUCCUCAAUGGGGAACUGCAGUCCCAGGAGCCCUCCCAACACCGAGUGGGCCAAGCCCUAUUGAGAGGGACUUUGAUGGGUGGAUGGAUGAUUAAACAGAGUGAAUGAGUAGAUGUACAAAUACGUGAAUGGAUGGAUGGAUGAAGGACUCUCCAACCCUGCCACAUAGCUACCACCUUACCUGCCUUAAGUUGAUAAGACCACUCCUCUGGACUGGACUGGACCUACUGGCCAAUGGGAACAAACCGCAGGGCCAGAAGGGGGCUUUUCGAGGUUAUCACCCCCUGAAACUCAUUAAUGUGGCGUCUCUGCAAAACACAUUGGUGCAGAACAUAUCUAACUUUGCAGAAGAAAAGCUGAUGAGAAACCCUCAACAGACUCAUAGCUGUGCAUCUGUGUGUGCGUGCGCAUGCUUGCAUAUGUACGUACAAGCAUUAAGUGUGUGCAGGCAUGCGUGCAACUUGCAUAUGUGAGAGUGUGUGUGUAUGUGUGCACAUUGAACAGAGCGUGCCUGUGCGUGCAGAUCACUGUGCGGGCAUCCCUUGCCUGCCUGCAUCCACAUCUCACCAUAAUAAAUCCAAUAGGGCUCAAAGGGCCUCUUUCUCCAGUCGCUGCGGCCAGUGACCACUGUGGCCCCAGCUGGAUGCAUAGAACUAGAUUUUGUAAAACUGUAAAAUGUAAGUCUUUUUACAUUUGACCGUUGUAAAGUAUAAAAGGUAUAUAGUCCCAUGGAUGUUUCCUGAUCAUGUGAAGGAGCUGUCUAGGUAACAAGGACUCGAUGUGUUUUGUUUUCGUAGUGUGAUGGAUCCAGACGUACAGUAACCUGUAGGAUAAAUGAAGUGUUUUGUUCCAAAUGACACAGCCACGAAAUGAAAAAUGUGACGCCUUCUCUGUCAAAACUGUUGCUGUCAUGGAAAUAUAACUCCACAUGGAAUAUUAGCAAAGUUGUUAGUGAUCUUAAACUACCUAUGCUUACGAAAUAGUGACAUUUAUGAGAAUGCAAUUAAAUGGACUUUUGAGAGGAUUGAGUAAUGAGUACCAGGUAAUCAUUUAGGUCCAAAAUGGAUGUAUACGUAUGGCGUUUUGGAAUGAGACCUCACUAGCACCAAAUAAUUAAAUAAAAAAAAAUAGGCUCAACUGUUUACGAUUUCACCCACAGUAUAAUUCCACAAAUCAAGCUAGCCUCCUGAAACCUGCCUGUUAACACAUACUCAACUCUCAGAACUUCUGUCAAACUAAGUCCUUAUGUGUUGUGUUUUCUCUUCUCAGUUGUAAAGGGACAUUGAAAUGCAAGGCUGUGCAUUUUGGGAUGCGUUUUUGUAGGAUCUUUGAUUUUAGAGCAUACUAAACAGGCUCUGUACACUCCCCUAUAUAUUUUGGAUUGGAAACCUGGUUACGUUUUGUAGAAAAUGUAUCUAAACUCUCUGUACUGUGCUGAAAUGUUAAUCUAUGUCACAUUUGUUCUGCAGUAUGAGGUAAGCUGUUGUGCAACGAGGGAAGUUUCUCUCCACUUUCCUUUUUUAAGGAUCAGUCGAGCACAACUGGAAAGAUGCAACACUUGUACAGAAGAAAACAAAGCAUUAGUGGAUUACAGGAUAUACACAGGGAAGAACGUGCUUAUCUGUAUAAAUAUAUACGAUUGGCUUUCAAUACUCUGCCAGGCUCAGUUUUGCACUCCAAACAUUGGUUUUGGCUUUUUUCUGCCCCGCACCCCUUAAAAUUUCUUAUGUGUUAAAGAGCUGUCUGCUGUGGUGCAAAGACAGACAAUAAGUAAAUAUUAACCUGAGGUAAUGUGAGCUGUGACUUGUCAAAUUGGUGCACAAAGCACAAAGGCCAUGGUUGUUGAAGAGAUUUUCUCUUUGUUUUUCCUUUUUUUUUCCAGUCUUUCAUGAUAAUUGUGGUCUGUUUUUUCUUAAUUUUUAAGAAAUUAUUUUACAGCAGUAGUUUCAUACUUCUGUAAACGAUUUGCAAAGCAAAAUGCAAUGUACAGUAGAUAUGGAUUAUAUUUUAGAAUUACUGCACUUCAGACUGUUUGUAAAUAUGACUUAAAUUAAACGAAUGAAUGAAAACUGUGUAA